AGUCCAGCCUGGAGCAGGCCCAGCGAAGCAGAACGACCCUCCCAAGGAGCUGUACCCACCGCUGCUGUCUAUGUGUGCUGGACAGAUCCCCGGCACCACAUCGGCCCUGGUGAGGAACUGGAAGAGGCCCUCAGAUCAGCUGGAGGACCAGGGGCAGGGCGUGGGUGCACAGCCCCCGCCUCGGCCCCGUGCCUUCCUGGCCGAGGUAAAGCAAAUGCGAGCUCGGAGGAAGACGGCCAAGAUGCUGAUGGUGGUGCUGCUGGUCUUUGCCCUCUGCUACCUGCCCAUCAGUGUCCUCAAUGUCCUCAAGAGGGUGUUUGGGAUGUUCCACCAAGCCAGCGACCGAGAAGCCGUCUAUGCCUGCUUCACCUUCUCCCACUGGCUGGUGUACGCCAACAGCGCCGCCAACCCCAUCAUCUACAACUUCCUCAGUGGCAAAUUCCGGGAGCAGUUUAAGGCCGCCUUCUCCUGCUGCCUGCCUGGCCUGGGUCCCUGUGGCUCUCUGAAGGCCCCCAGCCCUCGCUCCUCUGCCAGCCACAAGUCCUUGUCCUUGCAGAGCCGGUGCUCCGUCUCCAAAGUCUCGGAGCACGUGGUGCUCACCAGUGUCACCACGGUGCUGCCCUGAGCGAGGGCCAUCCUGGUGGCAAAAGGGGGUGCAACCUAUCCCCUGCCUGGGCUGCUCCUCUGGCUACGGGGGAACUGCCCCCACUCCUCGUGGAAAGACUGCUGGUUGCAGUGCGAGGCCGGGGCUCCUCGCCUCGUUUUCUGCCUGUUUAACUCUGGGCAGUGUCACUUCCCUUCUCUGAGCUGCGUCCCCUAAGCGGAUUGAUGUGAGGAUUAAGCACGCUCAAGAAAGUGGAAAGCUCUCUGUAAAGUGUUAUGGACAAGAUUAACGUUGUGUUCCUCUCACUUGGCUAUACUGCACAAUACCAUCCAUCACUAUCAUCCUUCCAGAGCUUGGCCCUCCUCCCAAAGACCCCUCUCCUACCCAAUCAUAGAUCCUCCCUGGAGUCUGCUAUAAGGGUCCCAGCAGGCAUUUCCAACUGGUCCAGGGGCUCUAAAGCCCAGGCUGCACUUGGCAGUGCUCCUUGAGGCCCAUGUGAACUAAUCGGAGCCCAGCCCUUCCCCAGUGGGAACAGAGCCCCACCCUCACCAGGUACCAAGUGCACACACCACAGACUGGACCCCGUUGGUUGUGCAGUGAUAGAACACUCUCCAUGAGGCCAUUUGGUAUGGAGGCCAGCAGCCUGAAGCAACUGUAAUUAAAAGCCUGGCACUGAAUGUUCCCUUUCCUUGUCAUUGCUCAAAAUCUGUGCUUCUUAGGUUAGGAGUGAGAAGGUGGGGAGACUGGGGGACGGGAGAAGACAAGGCAGUGCUGGAAUGCAGCUAUCUGCUGACCCCUCCCACCUCUCGUCCCCUAACACACGGGAUCCCAGAUGGCUCCUGGGCAGGCCUCAGAGCACACGUGCUCCUGCCCCCUCACGUGGCUCCGAUCCUCUGAUGCCAGGACCUCUUUCCUGGCCACAUCUGUCUGCUCACGAGCCCAGCAGUCUAUGGAAGGUAAGGGGGGUAGGGUGGGCAGACAGCGGGGUUAACAGACAGAUUUACUGUUAUCUUCACCUUCUUGGAAAUCAGGGCUUGCAUUUAUUUUCUAUGAACUCACAGAUUAAAAAGAGAAAGCCAGAGACUGGGCUAGACGUGCUCCAUCUGCCACCAAGAUGAUUAGAGGGCUGCCAGAGGCCCUGAUCCUUGCUACCAGAGCAGGAGGUGGGAAGCAGUCUGAAGGACUCUCUGCUGAGAGGAGCGGGAGACAUCUGGCAGAGGCCAGCUCGGCCAUGCGCACCGCUGGGUCUGCUUAACCUGAUUAA